CAAGAGGCAGGAAAAUGACUGUGAUUCACGGUGGCUAAGAGACGACUAUCCUCGUUUGAACAGGAUGGAUGAAACCCGAGAACAACACAACUAUUUUACGCAAAAAUAAACAUAGUCGAGGCUUUGUCCCCUCGUUUCAUCCUAGUUUAUCGUUGGCCUAUGAUGGAACGGGCGAUGGAGCAGCUUAACGUACAGCUCAAUAGACUGACGCGGUCCCUCAGGCGUGCGAGGACAGUGGAGCUCCCGGAAGACAAUGAGACUGCUGUCUACACACUUAUGCCAAUGGUCAUGGCAGACCAGCACAGGUCAGUGUCAGAGUUGCUGCUGAAUUCAAAGUUUGAUGUGAACUAUGCCUUUGGACGGGUGAAGAGAAGUCUGCUACAUAUAGCUGCCAACUGUGGCUCAGUGGAGUGCCUGGUUCUGUUGCUGAAGAGAGGAGCCAACCCCAACUACCAGGACAUCUCAGGCUGCACCCCCCUCCACUUAGCUGCCAGAAAUGGACAGAAGAAGUGUAUGGGCCGACUACUGGAAUAUAAUGCUGAUGUCAACAUCUGCAACAAUGAAGGACUGACCGCUAUUCACUGGUUGGCGGUGAACGGCCGCACAGAGCUGCUCCAUGAUCUGGUCCAGCAUGUGUCCAACGUGGAUGUGGAAGAUGCCAUGGGGCAGACAGCCCUACAUGUCGCCUGUCAGAACGGACACAAGACUACGGUGCUGUGUCUCCUGGACAGUGGAGCUGACAUCAACAGGCCCAAUGUCUCUGGAGCCACACCUCUCUACUUUGCCUGCAGCCAUGGCCAAAGAGACACAGCACAGAUCCUGCUCUCUCGAGCUGCCAAGUACAUGGCUGACAAGAAUGGAGUCACUCCUCUUGAUCUCUGCGUGCAGGGCGGAUAUGGAGAGACGUGUGAGAUUCUGAUCCAGCACCAUGGCAGACUGUUCCAGACCCUCAUCCAAAUGACACAAAAUGAUGACAUUAAAGAGAAUAUGCUCAGGCAGGUUCUGGAGCAUGUUUCUCAGCAGAGUGACAGUCAUUACCAGAGGAUCCUGACCAGUCUUGCUGAAGUGGCUACCACCAAUGGACACAAGCUGCUCAGUCUUUCAAGCAGCUAUGAAGCUCAGAUGAAGAGCCUGCUGAGAAUUGUACGCAUCUUCUGCCAUGUUUUCCGCCUAGGUCCAUCCUCUCCUAACAACGGAAAUGACAUGGGAUACAAUGGGAACAAAACCCCUCGCAGUCAGGUCUUUAAGCCUUUGGAGCUUCUUUGGCACUCUCUGGAUGAGUGGCUGGUAUUGAUCUCCACCGAGCUGGACAGAAACAGAAGAAACCCCACCUCCUCGGGCAGCGAGAUCGCUUCCCUCCUCCUCAAACAGCGGGAGGCUGACCCAUCCAUCUCCACGGGGUCACCCUUCCCCUCAGCGAUGUUACCCUCCUCGCUGGGCCCUCAGGUUGUCAUGGAAACAUCAGAUGUGUGUGCCGAUGGGGAGGAUGUCAUCUCCAUGACAGCCAAUCGGCUCAGCGCAGUGAUCCAGGCCUUUUACAUGUGCUGCUCCUGUCAAAUGCCGCAAGGAAUGACAUCCCCUCGCUUCAUUGAGUUUGUCUGCAAGCAUGACGAGGUACUCAAAUGUUUUGUUACCAGGAAUCCAAAGAUUAUCUUUAAUCAUUUCCACUUCCUUCUGGAAUGUCCGGAGUUGAUGUCACGCUUCAUGCACAUCAUUAAAGGACAGCCCUUCAAGGACCGCUGCGAGUGGUUCUAUGAGCAUCUGUUAGCUGGGCAGCCAGAUUCAGACAUGGUCCAUCGGCCGGUUAACGAGAACGACAUUCUGCUUAUCCACAGAGACUCCAUAUUCUGGAGUAGCUGUGAAAUGGUCUCCAAUUCCACCAAUGAGAAACUCAAACAGGGCAUUGCUGUCCGGUUCCAUGGCGAGGAAGGGAUGGGCCAGGGUGUUGUUAGGGAGUGGUUUGACAUCCUGUCCAAUGAGAUCAUAAAUCCAGACUACGCUCUCUUUACACAGUCAGCUGAUGGUACCACAUUUCAGCCAAACAGUAACUCUUCAGUGAAUCCAGAUCAUCUGAAUUACUUCAGAUUUGCGGGACAGAUCCUGGGUCUGGCACUGUACCACCGUCAGCUGGUUAACAUCUACUUCACCCGCUCCUUCUACAAACACAUAUUAGGGAUCCCUGUCAACUACCAGGAUGUGUCGUCCAUCGAUCCUGAAUAUGCUAAAAACCUCCAGUGGAUCCUGGACAAUGACAUCAGUGACCUGGGUCUGGAGCUGACGUUUUCUGUGGAGACAGAUGUGUUUGGGGCCAUGGAGGAAGUGCCUCUAAAACCUGGGGGCACCAGCAUCCUGGUCACUCAGGACAACAAGGCGGAGUAUGUGCAGCUGGUGACAGAGCUGAGAAUGACACGAGCCAUCCAGCCUCAAAUAAAUGCCUUUCUGCAUGGAUUUCACACCUUCAUCCCCCCCUCACUCAUCCAGCUUUUUGAUGAAUACGAAUUGGAGUUACUCCUCUCAGGGAUGCCGGAGAUUGAUGUGCAGGACUGGAACAGAAACACAGAGUACACCAGUGGCUAUGACCUUCAUGAACCAGUCAUUCAGUGGUUCUGGGAAGUUGUGAAGAGUCUUACUCAGGAAGAGCGGGUGCUGCUGCUACAGUUUGUCACUGGAAGCUCCAGGGUCCCUCACGGUGGCUUCGCUUACCUGAUGGGUGGAAGUGGCCUACAGAAAUUUACAAUAGCUGCGGUGCCAUACACAUCCAACUUACUGCCUACCUCCAGCACCUGCAUCAACAUGCUGAAGCUCCCAGAAUACCCUAGCGAGGAAGUCCUGAGAGACCGCCUGCUGGUAGCGCUGCAUUGUGGGAGCUACGGGUACACCAUGGCGUGACGUCAACACUUAAUGCUGCACAGCACAGUUCCUUGAUGGGGCCCAGACGCAUCCCUGGGGAAUCACUUACUCAGUACAGGGAACACAUGCCAACACUCCUCCACAUUGCUUCUCCCCUACCGAUAAGGCAUCGCUUUUGCUGGUGAAACAUAUGGACAGUCAAGGGAAACAUAAAUUGUUAAAGCCGCACUGUGGAGGCACGGCUAGAUGGAAGAGAAAGGUGCAAGGCUGCAUAGUGAGCCUGCCCUCUGAACCCUCUCCCUGAACUGCCAAAACAGGUUACCAUGGCCUCUUCUGCUUCUGAUCGGUGGUCCAACAAGAGUAUAAGGUCUGCAAAACCAAGCCAAUCUGCUAGCAUAUGUAUGAUAAAAGGUGUGUGCGUGCGUGUGAGAGUGUGUGUUGCAGAGGGAGUUUGUGUCAGCACAAAUGAAUCUGUAUGAAAUCAUGUACAGUAUGUACAUUUAUAAGACUAUGUACUCACAUAUUCAUAAACUAAGUGAAAACGGGUGCAUUGCUUGCACUGGUACGUGUGUUGUCUGAAAAUGGAAAAAAAAAAGAGCCCAAAUACGUUAAUCUAGAUGUUGGACAUAUGGCUGUUUUACAUUUGUCUACAUAGCGGCCUUGACACAGGCAUUCUGUGUAGCAUGCAUGUCUAAUGUGGUUUACUUUGUGGGAUCCCCUGGCCUGUCUUUCUCUAUUUUGUUUCAUAUUUAAAUUGAUUUGUCUCCCGUCCUCAGUAGCCGUGUUUCUUUGUAAUUGGUCUUGAGUAGCAGUCCUUUCUGGUGUUUGUGUUCCUCUGACACCUGUGUUGCUGUUGUCCAUGUUGUCCAUGUGAAGUAAGUCUUUCAGGGCUGGAGAGCAACACGGCGUACCUACAUGACAACUGCUCGGUCGGCAGUGCCAAAAAAAAAAAUCCUAGCUGGAAUCCUUUCGAUCACUGUUUCUUUUUCUUUCCUUUGAAAAUUGUUUGCUAAAAAGGGACAGGGAUCAUUUCAUGUCAUGAAUGUAUCCAAGCGAAUGCUACCUUAAUCUUUGACUGAACUGACCCCUUUCCUUAAGAGAUGGGAAUGUAAAUGAUCAUCCAUUUUUUGUGUUAUUUUGUCAGUAUUGUUUUGGAUGUAUUACCUGUUUUUUUUUUUGCUUUUGUAAUCACGGUUAUUGAAAACAGAGCCUUUAUAGAUAUUUCUGCAAAUGUCUUUGAUAUCAAAUUAUGAAUUUUAGCAUAAAUAUCAUCAGUUGUGCUUAAAAAUUGUAUUUAGUAAAACAGUUUUUU